GCACCAAUGCCUCUGCUCUGGAAAAAGACAUUGGUCCAGAGCAGUUUCCAAUCAAUGAACACUACUUCGGAUUGGUCAAUUUUGGAAACACGUGCUACUGCAACUCCGUGCUCCAGGCCUUGUACUUCUGCCGGCCGUUCCGGGAGAAUGUGUUGGCAUACAAGGCCCAGCAGAAAAAGAAGGAAAACCUGCUGACGUGCCUGGCGGACCUCUUCCACAGCAUCGCCACGCAGAAGAAGAAGGUCGGCGUCAUCCCACCAAAGAAGUUCAUCUCCCGGCUGAGGAAGGAGAACGAUCUCUUUGAUAACUACAUGCAACAGGAUGCUCACGAGUUUUUAAAUUAUUUGUUAAACACUAUUGCGGACAUCCUGCAGGAAGAGAAGAAACAGGAAAAGCAAAACGGAAAGUUAAAAAACGGCAACAUGAAUGAGCCUGUGGAGAAUAAUAAGCCAGAACUCACCUGGGUCCACGAGAUUUUUCAGGGAACGCUCACCAAUGAAACUCGAUGCUUGAACUGUGAAACUGUUAGUAGCAAAGAUGAAGAUUUCCUCGACCUCUCUGUCGAUGUGGAGCAGAACACCUCCAUCACCCACUGUCUAAGAGACUUCAGCAACACAGAAACACUGUGUAGUGAACAAAAAUAUUAUUGUGAAACAUGCUGCAGCAAACAGGAGGCCCAGAAAAGGAUGAGAGUGAAGAAGCUGCCUAUGAUCCUGGCCCUCCACCUGAAACGGUUCAAGUACAUGGAGCAGCUGCACAGGUACACCAAGCUGUCCUACCGUGUGGUCUUCCCGCUGGAGCUCCGGCUCUUCAACACCUCCAGCGACGCUGUGAACCUGGACCGCAUGUAUGACCUGGUCGCAGUGGUGGUUCACUGUGGCAGUGGUCCCAAUCGUGGGCAUUAUAUUACUAUUGUGAAAAGCCACGGCUUCUGGCUUUUGUUUGAUGACGACAUCGUAGAGAAAAUAGAUGCUCAAGCUAUUGAAGAAUUCUAUGGCCUGACGUCAGAUAUAUCAAAAAACUCAGAAUCGGGAUAUAUUUUAUUCUAUCAGUCAAGAGAAUAACUUAAAGAACUGUGGGACUAAAUCAAGUGCGGGAAAUGUUCAAAGCACUAGUACCUGGCUCCUCCGCAGACUUCCUUCUUCCCCAGUGGCCCACUAAUGGUUUCACUCCGCGUCUCACUGGUCCGGCUGUACGAGACUCUUCCUCUCUCUUCAUUUUCUUACUCGCAGCGCCACUCCUGGUUUUGUCUUGGUCUGAGGUAGAGUGAACUGCAAUCAGAUGGUAGUAAGAUUUUUAGGAAUAACAGUUGCUAAUUUUAGGAUUGAGUGAAUGCUAUGCCUGUCAUUAUGUCUGGCUGGAAUAGACACUUCCUGUGAAUGUCUCAAGUCUGUGUUGGGUGUCUGCUAACCUUCCUAAAUGGCUUCCGGGAUCUCCUUACAAAGCAUUCCUUUAACUUAUCCCUGGAAGCAAUGCUACCCAUUUGUAGCUUCUCUGCCUCUUUUCUCAUAGAAGGACAGAAGAAUUGGGUAGAUGUUCACCUUUUAGGGCUGCAACGAUAGCUUUAAGUUCAUGCGGAUGACACAUGUCCCAUGUGGAACUGGGUGAAGAGAAGCUGGUGGUGGUGACAGGGGGCCACCCUGGACUCUGCUUACUUAGCAUUCAAAUUCCAGGGGCUAAGAAGGUAUGGAGCUCAGGUCAGGCAUAGUUAAGAGGAGAAAGUUUGAACAGUGAAAAGUUCCUUUUCUUACCUUUCUACCAAAACCAAGUUUCAGGAAAAUAACACCAUGCUGUUUAUUUUUAGUGACGCUUUUCUUCUAUAACAUCCUGUGAAUUGUGUUUUUCCUAUAUCUGGCACUGCUGAGCUUUUUAAGGUCUCUUUUCAAUCCGGCUGAUAUUUCACAGUCGUGGUUGCAGGGCUGGGUUACUUCGCACAACUUCCCUUAGCCAGGAAGCUCCAGCAUUGUCCUUUAUCAGGGGUGACGAGGCACUGCACCUUUACAAUCGUCAGCCGCAUUGUACAACUUAAUUUUUUUAACAUGUUCAGUCUGUUUACUGAGGCACCGGCGAGUCCCAGGGCUGCUACGGAACCCUUCCUAGAGGGAAUACUGGAGGUGGCUGGAUACGAAGAUGGGUCAAAGGAAGUGUUAGUGGGAGUGGGGAGAACGGAACAAAAUGGCGGCCAUUUCUCUGGUUCAGACUCCUAGAAUGGUUGACAAGACAGUUUUUGGAAAAACCUCAUCUCACUAUAUUACUUUUUUCACUUUUGUUAUGUAUGUAUUUAUUAGAGCAUCUGAGUAUUGGUACCUUUUAUUAAAAGGGUCAAUUUGGUAUUUUGCUGUUGAGCUGGCUUUCGGUGUCCUUCAAUACUCUGAGUCUUAGAUCUUGGCUUCCUUCGGGAUGUCCAUUAACUUCCAUACACUACAACGUACUGUGAACAGACACAUGAUUUUGUUUCCUGCUACGUCCGCGAACGAACCUGCAGAUUUUGGGCAUAAUGUGAACUUGUAAUAAAAUUGAAAUUGAAAACGUUAGAGGCCAUUUUGCAGCAAUGAAGAGGAUAGCACUUUAUCUAGAUGAAAACUGGAUUUCUUAUUUUUGAAAUAUCUUGAACUGUUUAUUGCUCAGAACUUAAACAAGCAUGCCGACACUUCAUUUGUUCAUACUUGAAGUGAAAUGUCUUACUUUUCACUGGAGAAGACGAAACAGGGUGACCUUCAUGUCAUUGUUUUAUCUAUGUGAUGAACAUAUACCUUGCCUUGUCUAGAGGCAAACUCAUAUUUAUAAAUAUUCCGUCUUUUUGUCCUUCACGAACCAUAUGCCGUAAUCACUUACCUGGAAGGGGAGUCUACAUUCUUUUUUCUAAGGAGAGGCACUUUCCAAUCAAAGGUGAUUGAUACAGGGAAAUGUUUGUACUCUAUAUAACCCAUUUAUUUGACUGCAGGUUAAAACAUGUAAGAAAAUGAUGGUUGAUCUCUAAUAUAUUUGAAACCAAUUCAUAAAAGAGAACUAUUAAAAUUAUCUUUGAAAUGACUCUUGAAGCUAAUUUAUUAGAAAAAACAGUGUUUCAAUUGGAAGCCUAUAGAAGGAAUAUUUAAAUACUAAGUCACAGGUUCAAGCACUUUUUUUUUUUUUUUUAAGGUUUUUGCCAUA